AUGACCCAACAACACUUCAGCAGUAUUCAUCAUUUCUUCACUUUGUUUCUUCUGCUCGUGAUUAUUCUGUCCACUACUACUAAUAUUACUUUCGUUUCCGGUCAAGCUGUUUACACUAGUUCUGUUAUCGGUGGAACAUUGAACGAAACAAGAGCCAUCCAUGCCAAAAUUAUUAUCUUUGACAAUUAUGUUGGUCGUCAAUUGGCUAUCUCUGCCAAUGGUGAUAUGUAUACAACUUUGGGUAGAGGAACUGUUCGUAAAAUUACUUCUGAUGGAUUAUUUGUUCCAUCGGUUGCUGGAAUUGAGACCAGUUAUGGAUUUAGUGGUGAUGGUGGGUUGGCAAUUCAUGCACAACUGUCAUAUUCACUGGGUAUAUCUGUUAAUCCAAUGAAUGGAGAUGUGUACAUAUGUGACAUAAACAAUCAUAGAAUUAGAAAGGUUUCGUCUGAUGGUGUUAUUUCUACCAUCGCUGGAACUGGUAGAACAACUCUAAAUCCCAUCUCUCCAAAUACGUACCGUCAAGAAGGAGGUUACAAUGGUGAUGGAUUGGCAACCGCAACAGAUCUUAAUUAUCCGAAAUAUGCUCAAGUUGACUCAAAGGGAGAUGUCUAUUUUGCUGAUACAUAUAAUGGACUAAUUAGAAAGGUUUCCAAUGGAUAUAUUACAACAAUUGCAGGUUCAAAGCAAAAUAGUACAGUUAAUACAUUUGGUAUGGCCCUUAAUACUACAUUUGGAGAUUUGAAAUCUUUUUCAAUGAAUUUGAAUACUGGAGAUUUGAUGAUUUAUUCAAAUAAGGGAAUAUUUAGAGUAUUUUCAAACGGUACUGUUGUA